AUGCAAUCUACAGAUAUCGAAAAAGAUACUUUGUUCAAUCAUGCGACCCGCUACCUCCAUGCUACAAAUGAUAAUCCACCCCAAUGUCACUCCAAUGCAGCCGACGGAUCCGGCGCAUAUAUUUCUCACAUGCUGGAUUCUCUGGCAGAGCUCUUCACGGAGCAAAAUUCGUCCCAGGGCCAGCAAAUUACGACGAACUGGGCCAUGGCACCCAGAUUGCAGGAGUUAUUGGGAGGGACUACGCGUGGUGUGGCCGAAGAUUGCACCAUGAUUUUGGUCAAGGUAGUGAAUAAAUUGGGAGUAAACAAAAUCGGGUGGCUCUGCCAAGCCAUACUGCGGGCUCCUGAUCAUUCUAUUGCAAAGGACAUUGUUGACAAGAUCGUCAUGAACAUAUCUCUAGGAGGGGAAUACACUACUGUUAUCAACACCGCCGUAAAGAAAGCUACCAAUUCUGGCAUCACAUUGGUUGUUUCAGCAGGUAACAGCGGGGUUUCCGCUGUUAUCUACUCCCCUGCCUCGGCCGUCACCGCCAUCACAGUCGCUGCGAAUAGCCCCGAUAAUCGCCGCGCUCCCUUUUCCAACUACGGGCCCUGCGUUAACAUAUUCGCUCCAGGUGUCGGCAUUACUAGUACCUUGAUCUCGGUUAAGCAGGAGAGUAGGCGUUAUUCUGGCACGAGCUCGGCAACUGCAGGACUUGAGAGGCUACAGGGCCGUGAGGAAGCGAGUUCUAUACGCCGCGAGUUUGAACGGAGUAAUAAAAGAUUCUCGUUGGAGCAGCAAUCGCCUUGA